AUGAACUCUCCUUUCCAAUGGCACAGCGAGGGACUCCAUGCGUCGAACGUGUAUCAUUGCAAGAGUAUAUUCUCCGCUCCGUUUUAUGUGUAUACGGCAAAGAAGUUUCCCGGCAUGGAAGAAUCGACGCCGUUGUCCUGCUCCCUUGCCGACCAAGGCAUUAAAAUUCGUAUCCGAAAAGACAUUAGACAACGCAAGCCUCGCUCCGGCGCCGGUCCCUUCCCCGCCAUUCCUCACCCCCAGCAACUUCCCACUCCGGUGCCCAUCGUGGACAACGACGAUCAUCAUCGUCACGAGCCACCGCCGCCCGAGGUAGACAGCGACGGCGGACAUAGCGUGGAUAGGAGUGGGAGCAGGAAGAGGAGCGCUCGGGACGACGAGAGAGGUGGAGAAUCGAAGAGACCGAGGGUGGACGAUCAGAUUCCUCCCCCUCCGCCUCCUGGUUCUACUAUGCAUGGACAUGCUCCGGCUGCGGAUUGGAACAUCGAUCCGGCUUUGGGAGGGAAUCCGGGUGGAGCACCGGGAGGGUAUGAUCAACAGCACAGGACUAUUCCUCCCCCUCCGCCCCCUCCGACGCAUAGUGCUGCGCCGACGCCGUACCAGCAUCACCCGCACCCUGGGUACGAACCUGCUCCUCCGCCUCCAGGAGUUGUCGCGCCGCCACCGCAUGCUCAUUCUGCGACCCCGACUCAUCCUCCUCCGCCUCCGCCGCCACAGCAUCAACACCAACAAGCGCCCCCUCCACCUCAUUAUUCUGCGCCUCCUCCGACGCACGCUGCUUAUGCUCCUCCUCCUCAACAUCAGCACCAGCCUCCGCCUCCCCAGCAUCCCGUUGCGCCUCCCCCACACCCGUACUACACGAGCUGGGCUCCGGCGCCACCCCCUCCCCAACCUUCCUACGAUCCGCACUAUUCCCAUCCUCCUCCGCACCAUCAAUACGGGCCUCCACCACCGCACGCUCAGCACCAAGCCCCUCGAUACUCUCCGGCGGAAUAUAACCCGUAUGGACCGCCGCCGCCACAACAUCAACAGCCAGUCCAAUACUCGCCGUACUACGCCCAAUACGCCCCACCGCCCGCACCCGGUCCUGUCCCUGGUCCGCCCCCGCCCCCUGGAGUUCCGGUUCCGGUCCCUGUGGCUGUAGGCCAAGGCCCGCCGCCCCAGACGCCUCCGACGAGCAGUCCUGCGACGUAUCCCGCCGGUGCGAACACGACGCCCACGAACGGGAGCGCGCCGCCUCCUCCACCUCCGCCUGGUUCGGCCGGAGGGAGAGGAAGCGCGGGUCCGCCGCCAUUGCAGCAGCCACCCCCGCCUGCACAGGCGAGUCCGUAUUAUCAGUCUGGACCGCCGCCUCCGCCUCCGCCGCCUGGGUCUGCGCCGGGAGGAGGAAGGCCACCGCCGCCUGGCCCCCCUACGGGAUAUUCGACGCCUCCACAGCCUGCUGGGGCGCCGUAUGGGCAUUAUCAGCAUCAUCAGCUGCCGCCGCAGGGUCCGCAUGAUUAUAGAGAUCAUCCGUAUUAUAGGCAGCAGCAGCCGCCUUUGCCACCUCAACAACAAGGACCGCCGCCGCCUCAACAGGCGCCUCAGCAGCCCCCGCAACAGGAUAAUAGUCCGUAUAGGGAGGCCUAUAGGCCCGAUGCGUAUAAUAGAGGACCACCAGGGCCGCAGGGUGGGCCGCCGCCGCCUCCGCCGCCUGGACAGGAAUAUGGCAGGGCACCGGGCCCGGAGGGAUAUUAUGGGAGGGGGUAUUAUCCGCCUCCUCAGCAACAGGGAGGACCGCCGCCGCCAGGGCCGCCUUCGGGAGGUAAUGGAGGUGGGGGACAGACGCCGGUGCAUCAGCAGCAGCAACAACAACAACCACAGGGAUCGUGGGGGUAUCCGACGUAUGCGAAUGGGCCGCCGCCGCCACAACCUGGUCAGCAGCAGCAACAGCAGGUUCCGGUGCAGCAGGGAGGACCGCCGCCGCCGCCGCCGCCUCCUCAACAGUGGGGUGGUAGUGCGAAUGGGAGUGGGGGGGCGAGUGUGGGUGGCCCGGGUGCGAAUGGGGGGCCGGGGGGACAGGAUGGGAAGUUGCAUUUGCCGCCGUUGAGGGGGGAUGGGAGGGAUGCGGGGGGACGGGGCGAGAAGGACGGGAGUGGAGGGGGAGGGAGUGGAGGGGGAGGAGAGUCGAGGAGGAGGGCGAGAGCGAGGGGGGAUGAGGGAGAGGGAGGGGGAGAUAGGGAGAGGGAGAAGAGGAAGAGGAGGUUGAGUAUUGGACAGUUGACGGAGAGGGUUGAGUAA